AUGUCUGCCGCAUUGAUCAACCGGUCGUUGACGACGGUGAGAACCGAGUUGGAGUUUCUCAAGGACUCCGAGGUGAUCACCGAGGCCCUCUACAACAAGAUCGUCGAUCUGUUGCCGCAAAAGUACCAGCUGGGCGCCGCCCCCGUCGACGUCGACGUGUUGGGUGGCCCCGUGGCGAAGCUGACGACCAGAGAGCUGGAUCUCUCGCUGUCAUUUGCCGCGAUGAAGGUGACCCACGACACGCUGGCGCCGCCCGCUGGCCCCCCUCCUGACUACAAGGCGCCCCCGCCUCAGUCCAACAAGCCGUUGGGCUACUGCAAGGCGUUGUACGACUACCAAUCAAGCACCAACGGUGACUUGGAACUCAACGAAGGCGACCGCAUCGCCAUCACCGAACACUUGAGCGAGGACUGGUGGAAGGGCUACAAAAAGGGCGACCACCCCGAUAAGCCCGGCGUGUUCCCGUCGAACUAUGUGGAGACGAUCUCGGAACUGGAAUUCAAGGAAGACAACCUGCGGUUGGCGCCGCCGCCCCCACAAAAGAAGGAAAGCUUCUCCAGCAACUACCUGCAACCUCCCCCUCAACAACAACAACACCAACCGAACUACCUGCAAUCCAGCUUUCAGAGCUACGGUCCCAUGAACCCGCAACCGCUGUACGGAGGCUACGCCCAAUUCCCGCCGCCGCUGACCAACUACUACCCUCCUCAACAGUACCAACAAGCCCCCGCGCCCGUGCCUGUGCAACAAGAAGAACACCACCACGGCGGGGCGAUGAAGAAGUUCGGUAGUAAAUUGGGUAACGCUGCCAUCUUUGGUGCUGGUGCCACCAUCGGUUCCGACAUUGUCAACUCUAUCUUUUAA